AUGAAUCAAGAGGAGAUUGCAAAGAUUCGGAAAUAUGUUCUUAAAGUUAACAUACAUUGUGGUGGAUGUAAGCAUAAAGUGAAGAAAGUCUUGAGGAAAAUUGAUGGAGUAUAUAUUACAGAGAUAGAUUCAGAACAAGGCAAGGUCACUGUCACUGGGAAUGUUGACCUGGACAUACUCAUCAAGAAGCUCUUGAAAUCUGGGAAACAUGCAGAGCCGUGGGGUGCCCCAAAAGUAGAUGGCAAUAACAAUAACAAGAACAGCAACAAUAAUCAGAACCAGCUUGCCAACCAGAUGAAGAACGUGCAAAUCAACAAUAAUGGAGGAAAAGGCAGCGGCGAAAAUAGCAAAGGUCAGCAGAAAGGGGGUGGAAACAACCAGCCUAAGGAUGGCCAGCAACCACCAAAUCUUCAGCAGCAACUUCAACAAAUGAAAGGGUUUCAAGAUCAAAAGCUGCCUCUUCAAUUCAAUGACAUGAAAUUGCCAGGCCAGCUGAACCCGAACCCGAAAGCUGUCAAGUUCAAUUUGCCUGAGGAUGAUGAUUGCUUAGAUGACGAGUUCGACGAUGACGAGUCUGAUGAUGAUGAAUUUGAUGAUGAAAUUGGUGACCCUCAGGUUCCUCUAAACAUGAUGAAAGGGCUACCACCUAUGGGAAAUGGUGCUCACAUGAUGAUGAACAGUAUGAUGAAUGGGAAUCAGCAGCAACAACUCUUGAAUGCUCUUAAAAAUGCAAAUGUCGAAGCCAAUGGGAAGAAAGGUAACUGUGGCGGAGGAGGACCAAUGCCGAUCCAAACGCCAAGCAUAGGCAGUGGGAACAGUGGUAAGAAAGGCGGCGGUGGAGGAGGAGGUGGGGGGAACAAUCAGAAUCAAGGCGGAGGCAACAAGAGUAACAGUGGCAAAAAUGGCAUUGGAAUACCACAGGGCAUAAAUGGCAACAACGGUAAUAAGAAUAGCGGUGGUGCAAAUGGCGCAAACCUUGAAAAUAACAAUGGAGAUGAGGGCCAAAAGGGAAAUCUGAUGCCUGGAGGGGUUCAAGCUGUGAAGGCGAUGGGUGGUCAUCAUCCGAACAUGAGCGGAGGCAACACAGGUCCCAUAGGUAACAUGAACACACCAAUGGGUAACAUUCCGACAGUCCAAGGCCUCCUGGCUAGGGGCAUGAACAGCGGAGGAGGAGGCAGCGGUGGCGACACCGCAGGAUACUCCCAAGGGUUAGGUCCAGAAUCCAUGGCAGGGAACCCAUUCCAACACCAACAGUACAUGGCAGCAAUGAUGAACCACCAGAGGGCAAUGGGAAUGGCAGGUGGGAAUGAUAAGAGAUUCCAGCCAAUGAUGUAUGCUCGACCACCGCCAGCCGUCAACUACAUGUACCCUCAACAGUACCCAUACCCAUAUCCUCCGCCACCACAAGAUCCCUACACCCACUUCUUCAACGAUGAGAACACCUCAAGCUGCAACAUCAUAUUAGGACGGGAGAAGGAGACAAGGAGAUCUAACGGUCUUGACACUCUGGGAGGAGGAAUUUCGGUGAGGUUGGAGAAUCAUGUGAUCAGAACAGCGUGUUGUGGGGCCCACUCCCGGAUACUUUCACACGAUGACUAUGAUGUAAGUGGGGUCCUCCCAGUGUUCAAAUACAUCCAUCUAAUCACGCAGUCCUUAUUUGAUGAGUGCGGGCCCCACGACGCAGUCGCUACCAAAAGGCCAAAAGUGCUCCGCUCUUUUCUUCAACUGAGCACCAGAGCACCAGAGCACCAGAUUCCAGCCUCCUCACUGGGAUUUGCUAAGCUGGGAAGACACCCUCGUUUAGUUUGUGGUGGAACCUGGAUUGGCUUUCUGUUGAGUGUUGAUGGUGCAGGUGAACUGAAGGCUCUUUACGCUUUCUUUUGUUGGGCUCAUUCAUAUAACAUAAUAUUAUAG